CCCCACUCUUUUGUCUCUUUGAACAGUGUGGCAGUGUCUGGAUCAUGAAAGGGUGGGAUUGGAUUCAUAUAUGAUCUAUAACAUUCUAUCGUGACAGGCAAUUAUUCUCGUCCCCUCUGUCUUGUCAACCGCAGUCGUGACGGGUCAUUCUGUGGUUUCCCUGGUACCGCUAGACUGAUAUUGAUGGCCUGGCAACCCGUCUGCCACCCCAUCGACUAGAGACCCGGAAUAGUAACGCUCCUGUGGACCCACCUUUAUUGAAUCUGCCCCUCUAGGGUCCCUUGGACGAUGACUUCCCUCUCCACCCCGAAUUCGCAGGAUACAUUCUUAAUGUCUGCGAGUCCUUCCGGUCGCCGUGGCAGCGCAGACUCCCGCCCGACCAUCCGGAAGGCCCAAGGUCAUGUUCCCGCAUGCCUGGUCAAUGCUUCAGUGACGUAUUGCGAUAACGAUCAGAUCUAUGCCUUUGGCGGUUUUGAUCAGUACACUGAUGAAGGUCUUCUAAUGACUCCUCUCGCUUGUAGCGUUGUUUAGAAGCAGUCUCUUGUGCUAAUAUCUCCUCCAAUAGUUUACAACCACGUGUUGAAAUUAAAUUUGAAGACGUGGCGGUGGGAGCUGGUGGAUAACUAUGGAGAUAUUCCCGGCGUUCGCAUGGGACAUACGGCCACCGUAUACCAAGGAGACAAGCUGAUCGUGUUUGGAGGUGAAAAUGAACAUCGCGAAUACCUGUCGGAUGUCGUCAUCCUCGACCUCACAACCUCCACGUGGACUCAACCAGAAAUUCGUGGAUCUGUCCCGCGAGGGAGGGCUCGCCAUGCUGCCGUGAUAUACGACGAAAAGCUUUUUAUCGUCGGAGGUGUGACGGGGGAGAACAGCGUCAUCCUUGACGACAUAUGCUAUCUGGAUCUCAAAACCUGGACCUGGUCUCGCUCCUGGAAAUUUACCGCCCGGUUCGACCAUAUCGCCUGGGUGUGGGGAGGCCGAUUGUGGAUCUUUGGAGGACUCGACCCGGACAUGGAGCGCACGACCGACAUUUGGUGGCUGGACCUCAAAGGCGUCCCGUCUCUUUCAAUGGCCGAUUCGCAAGAUGCAUUGUUUAGUAGUCCAAACCAACAGCUACCCGGCCGGUCCGGGAGCUACGCCGCCAACUCAGGAAGUGUUCAAGUGCGCAAUUCCAAUCGUCGCAAGGUCAUGGCUCCGGGGGCCAUUUCCUGCCUUCGGUUCAAGUCUGGAGCCCAUGUACCCUCUCUCUUUUCCGGGACCCACUUCCAGGCCUACGCGUCGGGUGUUUUGCUGGACCUAAUCACUCCCUCGGAGACAGUGCGAACGUUCGAAUGUAAUCUGUCGUCCUUAGAGCUCGAUUCACUACGCUGGCAAAAGCUCGCAGAUGGCCAGGAAAUCUUCAAACCCGGCUUUCGAUGGCAUUACUGCACAGUCGAUACGACCGGCACGAAAGCGUGGCUGUUGGGAUGUAGCCUAGAUGUCGGGGGCACUCCAGGAACGAGUGACGAAAACUCAAUGAGUGAAGUUCUCUGUCUUGAUUUGCGACGCUACGGCCUGCUGGGUGACGAGAUGGCUGCCGUAGCGGCCGACCAAGCAAGGGUGCGCGUCGCCGAAAGACCGGGCCUGUCGUCGCUGUCUAGCAUUGGGACGGAUCUCUCGGCCGUAUUUGACCAGCCACCGGAGUCUGGCAGUGAGGCUGAUUUCACGAUCACUGCGAAUCCGGACGAGGAGCCGGGCCCCGAUGACUAUACGGAAGAGCCGAACGUCGAUCCCCCCAGCUUCCUGCCACCCAACGUGAAUACGUCCCCACCUAUCCACGUGCAUCGUAUCAUCUUGCAGUUGCGAUGGCCCCACUUUAAACGGCUUUAUUCUGCUCGUAUGGCCGAGUACCAUUCCAAGCGGCUGCACAUUCCGGAGCCUUACUCAGUGGUCCGUGCUUUCUUGUACUAUCUAUACACGGACAGCAUUGCCGGGCACCCAGAGUACUGUUCAGAUAUCAUCGAUGUGGCGGGGAUGCUCGUGAUGGCGAAUCUGUACGAUAUGCCCAAACUGCGCCUCCUGUGCGUCAACCGGCUGAGUCGCGAACUCGACGUGGAGAACGCUGCCAUUAUCUGGGAACGUGCCCGACGCACCAAUGAGGAAUGGCUCAUGCGUCGCGCGUCGCAAUUCUGCCUUGGCCACUGGGGUCGGGUCGUGCGCACUGAGGGGUUCAAGUCUCUCAGCCGACAGAACUUGAUUGAGUUGUGCGAGGUGGUUGAUACGGAGGGCCGGAUCGUCGGUGGGCCCGAGUUAGAGCUGGCCGAAGGCUUGGGCGUGGACGGACUGGGUCCGGCUCGCGACUCUAAACGGUCCCAAUUGACCCUUGGCGGUACCGCCACUGACGAUCUUGACGACCUUGACGGUGAUGACAUUGACGGGAUGGAGAUAUCAUGAGCACUGCUCGUGCCCAAGCCUUUCAAAGUGUUUAAUGACUGGUCGGAAGACAUGGCAGCACUGAUCUAGUUUUAGUCCCUUUUCUUUGCUUUAUGCCCGCUUUCUUACUGAUUUGUUUGUAUUCUAUCUCCUUCAUCUGGUUCAUACGAUCUCUAUUUCUCACGGGAGAGCAUGGUUGGCGGACGGCUGGGCUACUACUGGAAUUUCAAAGCGACCAAUUUGUGACUUUAUGCAAAUAAUUUGCUUCGCUGUACUUAUGCAAUUGCAUUCAAUAUCAUACUCUCAGACAUA